GGCGGAUGCCAUCGAAAUGAGCCGACAUGACGAAAAUGGCAGUCCGGGCUCGGUCGGGGACGAGCAGACCCCGCUGUUGGCCGAUGCCCAAAAGUCCAGGGUACCAUCGACAGCGCUGGACGAGGGCAGCAUUGAGUCGCAGCCCGGAAGCCAAGAGGGUGGCCAGCAUCUCUCACUAGGCGCCGAAACGCGAAAAAUAUUGGGCUUGGCCAUGCCCAUCUUUGUCUCCGUGGCCUCUUUUGUGUCCAUGAAGCUUGUGGAUACUGCAACAUUGGGACAUGUCGGCACGGAAUUUCUCUCGGCGUCUAGCCUCUCUGACAUUUGCACGACCUCGACUGGCUUUCUCAUGCAAGGCAACGUCUUGGGCACCUUUAUCGGCCAGGCCUGGGGCGCCAAGAACAUGCGUCUUGUGGGCAUCUGGUUUCAGCUCUCCCUCAUCAUUGUGGGCUUGUUCGCCAUCCCGGUCGUCAUCACCUGGAAUUUAACUGAGUACAUCUUGCGAGCUUUUCGUGAGCAUGGUGAAAUCGUGGAACGUGCAGCCUACUACAGCCAUGUUCUUAGCGCCAGCGUUCCCGCCACCAUCUUCUUCAAUCAGCGCACCAAGCGCUAUCUGGCUCUCUACCUGCCGGCCAUCCUCUUGAACGGUUCCGAGUUUUGGCGUUUCAAUACCAUCGGGGCGUUGGCAGCUUCUCUGGGCGACGAUGAGCUGGCUGCUUUCAAUGCAUCGUACAAAAUCAUCUACUUGUCCCAUCAGUUUGCCAUCUCUGUCGGCAUUGCCAGCAGCAUUCGAACGGGUAUAUACUUGGGCGCAGGCCAAGCACACGAUGCCCGGCGCUCCUCUUGGCUCGGCACUGGCAUUGCCUCCUCUAUUAGUUUUACAUUAGCUGUUUUUGUGUUCUUCUUUCCCUCCACCUUUGGGAGCAUCUUCACCUCGGACGAGAACGUUCUCGCAAUCUUUCGGGACAUUCGCAUGUAUCUGGCCAUUACUGUGUGCCUGAUGUCCGCCAGCGAUACGAUGGAGAGCAUCAUGCUGGCGCAAGGUCGAGGUCGCGCCGUGGCCAUUGUCUCUACCGUGGCCUCCUGGGCCGUCCACGUCCCCGCUUCUUUCCUCCUCGUCAAAUACUGGCGUGAUAACAUGGAAGGAUUGUAUUUGGGAGUGGCCAUUGGCUAUGCCUUCCUGACGGUCAUCUGUGUCGUGCUGCUAAUCCGGUCCAAAUGGGAUGAGCUUGUUCAGGACGCGCAGGUGCGUUCGGAAGUGGCAGUGGAUCCUGACACCGUCCCCAGGGCCCGGGACAUUCAAGGUAACGAUGAAGCCUUUGAGUCUGAGACUUGA